AUGGCCAACCUUGCCUCCGAACCCGAGUUUGAACAAGCUUACAGAGAGCUUGUUUCUAGUCUCGAAAAUUCCUCGCUCUUUGAGAAGAAUCCAGAAUACAAGACAGCCCUCAAGGUCUGCUCCAUUCCCGAACGAAUCAUCCAAUUCCGAGUGGUCUGGGAGGACGACAAGGGCGAACUCCAAGUGAAUCGGGGCUUUCGUGUGCAGUUCAACUCGGCACUUGGCCCUUACAAAGGCGGUCUCCGAUUCCACCCUACUGUGAACCUUUCUGUCCUGAAGUUCCUGGGUUUCGAGCAAAUCUUCAAGAAUGCGCUUACUGGAUUGAACAUGGGAGGUGGGAAAGGUGGUGCAGACUUUGACCCCAAAGGUAAAUCAGACAAUGAGAUCCGAAGGUUCUGUUGUGCUUUUAUGAGCGAGCUCGGAAAACACAUCGGAGCGGAUACAGAUGUCCCCGCGGGUGACAUCGGUGUAUCCGGACGAGAAAUCGGGUGGCUGUUUGGACAGUACAAGAAACAAACAAAGUUGUGGGAAGGCGUUUUGACUGGAAAAGGAGGCAACUGGGGUGGCUCUCUCAUCCGGCCAGAAGCCACAGGCUACGGCGUCGUCUAUUACGUCGAGCACAUGAUCAAAUACGCUUCUGGUGGCACCGAGUCAUUCUCAGGCAAAAAAGUUGCCAUCUCUGGCUCUGGAAAUGUGGCUCAGUAUGCGGCCCUCAAAGUGAUUGAACUAGGCGGGACGGUUGUGUCUCUCAGCGACAGUCAAGGUGCCAUUAUCGCCACGACGUCUCAGGGUAUUGACCCCGAAAUGAUCGAGAUCAUUGCGAAACUCAAGGUGGACCGGAAACAGCUCUCUGAGGUUGCCCACACAUCCACAUUCAGCAGCAAGGUCAAGUAUAUCGACGGUGCUCGCCCGUGGCUGCAUGUGGGCCAAGUCGAUGUGGCUCUCCCCUCUGCGACGCAAAAUGAAGUGUCUGGUGAGGAGGCCGAAGGUCUAAUCGCAGCUGGGUGCAAAUACGUGGCCGAAGGAAGCAACAUGGGUUGCACAAAAGCUGCAAUCGACACCUUCGAGGCACAAAGAAACUUUAAAAAGGAGAAAUGGGUUUGGUACGCCCCAGGAAAGGCCGCCAAUGCUGGUGGUGUGGCUGUUUCAGGUCUCGAAAUGGCUCAGAACUCCGCACGCAUUAAGUGGACCGCCGAAGAGGUGGACGAGAAACUCAAGCUCAUCAUGAAGAACUGUUUCGAGAACGGGUUGCAGACCGCGAAGACAUAUGUCACUCCGAAGGAGGACGAGUUCCCUAGCUUGGUGGCUGGCAGCAACAUUGCAGGAUUUACCAAGGUCGCGGCAGCCAUGAAAGAUCAAGGCGACUGGUGGUAG